AUACAGGUAAAACUAUCGGAUCAACGCGACGUUAAAAUUGAUAUUUCUACUCUUGUGUGCCACCUUAUUGGAAUAAAUACAUGCUAGGUUUAAUUUCCAUCCUGGUUGGUGUAGAGACCUUUUCGUGAAGGUCAACAGUCAACAUGUGUUUGUAUAGUCAUGGCAUCCUUCCGAAUGUUAAAUUUCCUUCCCUGAAGUUUGAAACGAAUACAUGCAUUGCUAGAUUAUACAGCGUCAAAAUAACGUGUUUACUUUUAUACAUCUUCGUUUGUUCAGCAGCACUCUACAUACCCGGAGAUGACUUUAUAUUCGAGAAAGAUACACCAUUACUCAUAACAUGUGUAAACGCCAAGAAUGAAUCCAAUAUAAAUUUUAAAUUCGAUAACGAUCUGCUUGGUACAUGUUACUCCAAGUUUGGAUGCAAUACCCUGGGCAACACAUUCACUCUUUCUGCAGUAACAUCGACUUCUCCGAGAGAGUAUUUUCUUAAAUCUGUUCAUAACUUUGAUACAACACUUUGUGGCACAUACCAGUGUACAGAUAUUGAUGACACAAGAAAUCAGGAUUCUGUCAACGUGUCGUAUAAAGAAUUCAAUACCAAUUCAUUUUUGGUCGAGGAGACAGACGAUGCACUUAAUAUCUCAAUCGCAUGUGUGUUUCCAGCUUCAUUUACAGAUUUGGAAGUUUCAUGGUUCAUUUUCGAUAAUUCAUCGCUUAGACGUCUCAACCUAACAAGCGAUAAUGGAUUUAUCACAGUUGUUACAGCAACAUCAGGAUGUCCAGACGUUACCUGCAAUAACAUUUCGGCCAAAAGUUUUCAAUUUGGAUUGAAAUUCAACAAUCAUUCGGAAAGGUUCUUCUCUGUUUUUGUGGAGAUCAAAAUAGUUCACACACUCUUUCCAGACAAACCGCUCGUCUGGCGAUCUUCAAAAGCAUAUCUAAUUGAAGAAAACGAGUACGUCAAGCAUUUUUCAAGCCCUACCCAGCACGCUGAUUUGUCUGUUGGAUCCAUUAUAGGAAUUGUUGGUGGAGUUGUGGCAUUCGUUUUAAUAAUGGCCGUGGUCAUAUGUAUACAGUUGAGGAACAAAAGGAAAAGGUCAAACGACGUUCGCCGUGGCAAGAAUGAUGAUGUUAGUACAUUAAAAAGGCCAGAGAACACUGAAACAGAGAGCGAGAAAACUGAAAAUGAUAUAGGCGUUAUAAAGUCUGAAAAUGAAACGGGUAGAUGUGUGCCCCCGUUUAUGGCCGAUGGCAAAAGGCACACUGCUGUUAGCGUAGUAAAGGCCAUUAAUGCAGAUACAGCCAGAGGCAAGUCAAAUCACCAUGAAACAGACACUAACAAUUUCAAUUCCAAGCAUAGUGAAACAGAUCCUAACACUCCGAAUUCCAAUGUCAGUGAAACAGGUACUGACAUGUCAAUUUACGCCAACACAAUCGCUGCGAAUUCUGACAUUGAUGAAACAUACAGAAAAAAUUCAAAUUCAAAUAACGAUAAACCAGACGCUAUCAAAUUGAAAUUAAAGUACAAUGAAGCUGUCAAACAAGAUCAUGUUAUAGGCAAUGAAGUAAUUAAAGGUGCAGAAACAUGCAGAGGAAAGUCCAAGACAAUGAAAGCUAAAAUGGUUAGUGUCAAGUUCAAGUCAAAACACGGUUCUACAGGCCGUGAAAAAAUAACAAAAUUUAAAGGCGCCGAAAGGUCAAAAGACUUUGAAACAUUAAAUCACGAAACACAAGAGGUUGUUAAGUUGAUAGAUGGUAAAACAGUCAGCCGCAAGUCCAAAUCCAAGAAUAGUGAUACAGCCAGAACCAAAUCACAUAACAAAGCAACAGGCCCUAACAAUAACAAUGCCAGUAGCCAUAAAACAGACAAUAAUUCUGCCAAUUUAAAUAACGUCGAAGUAAGCGUUUCUAAUCCUAGCGAUGAUGAAACAGACAUUGAAAAUUCAACUCAAAAUGACCAAAAAACAGACACUGACACAUUAGACGUCAAGGACAGCGAAACAUAUACUGGCGAAAGGGAAGACGUUAUACGCUCUGAUUCAGAGGAUGAUGCAGAACCAGGCAGUUGCAAUUCCAUCAUUGUUGAAAGCAAAACAGGCAGUCACAAAUUCAAGUCAGAGAACAGCAAAACAGGCUUCGAAGGAAAGGAAAAUCUUAUAUGCGUCAAAAAGUCAACGGGCUUUGACACAAUAUGUAUCGAAAGACAAGAUGUAAAAAGCGUUGAUAAGUCAAUGGGUGGUCAAAUAGGCAAGUUAAAUAACGAUGAAAUCGGCCCUUAUAAUGAAAGUACUACAAAUCGUAACAACUAUGAAGCAGGCAAUGAAAAUUCAAAUCAGAAUGGCAAUAAAGCAGACACUGACAUUUCAAUGCAAAAGGACAACGAACUAGAAACUGUCAAAGUGGAAAAUGUUAUCGGCACUAAAUUACCUAUGGAUAAUAAACCAGAUAAUAGCGAAUCCGAGACAACAGGAGACGAAACAGAUAAAAAGGAUUUUAUUAGAGCUAUAGAAACUGUAUGGACAGUCAAAAAAGGGAGAUAUUAUACCCAUUGCAGUGUCAAAGAAUGGUAAAACAGGCGUUGACUAUACGGAUGAUGUAAUUACCUUAAAUAUGUCUAAUGACGGUGAAACACAACAAGACAAAAUGGUAGAUGUUAUAGGCGUUACAGACAAUAGAAUUGGCAGUGAAAAAGCGAAGUAACCUUACGACGAUGAAACAAAAAGCGAGAUGUUAAAUUCAAGUCACAAUGAAAUAGAUACCGACAAGUUACAAGGACAAAGAAACAGAAACUGGCAAACGUGAAGAUGUUAUCGGUACUGUAAAGCAUAUGCAUGAUGAAUAUAAGUUUUAGGGGCUCCAAUCGAGCCACUACUGGAAAUAGACAAACACGUCAAUGUUACCGGGGGUCUAGCUCGGGUUCGUAUUAUUGACGACUGGUUGCAUGAACAAAGCGACCACAAUGUAUAUGUAUAAUAUAUAUAUACGAUGCGUUUUCAUCAAGUGUCAGACAUAGAAUGGUCAUAUAAUAUAAAAAAUAUUGUUUUGUCGACGGCAAACUGCAUAAAUAAAACUGACCUUACUAAUUGGUACAAAUGACAAAAUAAUGGGAUUAUUAUUAUGCUUUGAAUUUAUUACACGCUGUUUCCUAAAAUCCAAGCUACAAUGUGCUGUUUCGUCUUGGCUGGAACGACCAUGCAACAUAGUGACAUAUUUCAUAUAAAAUAGCUUAGCAAUUUAUGGAUUAUACUUAUCAAUUAAUCUAUGUUCAUGUUAUCUUUCUAACACAAAAACAAUAUUAUGUAUGCCAUAACUCGCUGUUGUAAAUCUCUUAUAUUUCGUUUCGACAAGAUUUUUGUAUCCAAGCGGCGGAUCACACACGACCUUACCAUCAUUUACUAAUUUGCAUGUAGAGUAUAAGCUUUUUGUCUAUACUUAGAUAUGAAGCUAUAUCCUACAAUAUUUGUAUAAACAUUUUGACACCAAUAUGCUAUAAUUUUUAUAUGCAUUUUUAUUGUGUAUGUGUUCUCUGUCUAUCGAUGUUUGUAUAUAUUAUGAAUAUCUCCAGCCAUGGGGGAAAUAAAGAUGUUGAGUUGAAUCCAAGACAAUUUACGGCAAAACAGGCAAUGACAUUAAGGUCGACGAAGGCAGCAUGAAAUACAAUGAAAUAGGCAAAACGAAAAACAGUCAUUGCCAAGUCCAUGUUUUAAGCGUUGAAAUGCCCGUGAAUGGUAAUUUAACCAGUGGCAAGUCUUAUAACGAUGAAAAACAAAAUUCUAAGGACAAUAAAGGAGUCCUGUACAAACCGAAGUCAACGGAAUGUUAAACAAGUACUUGCGAGAUAAAUUCAUAUGUAAUAAAAAUGUAAAUAGACGGAAUGUGAAUGGAAGUGACGGGUCUAAAGAUUGUUGAACAGAGGGAGACAAUUUCAAGUGAAAGGACGGGUUAACUAUAGACUAAACAUGUCUAGGUACAACGACAAAGACUUUUGCAACCCUAAUAAUACAAUAUUCAUUGGUUUCCUUUAUUCCUACAGUCUGUAUGUCAUAGAAUAGUAUGAGAGUGCAUUGAAAGAGUUCAUAAUUUUCCUAAGGCUCCCUGUAGUUUCGUUUAAUAUAGGGUGUCGGAUGUAGGGAGUCACAGAUAUAUGUACAUAUAACUAUCAUUUCAAAACAAUUGUUGUACCUUAAAUGUUAAGCUACAUAUCCAAGAAAUAAUUUGAUGCAGAUAGCAUAAACGUACGCUACGAUGAUUUUUAUACACUUUUAUUGUUAGGUUUUAAACAAUCAAUAAACUUAAAUUUAAUGUGUGUAUAACAUUAUGAAAUAUUUUGACUAAUUUAACCUAUGUAAUUGCUAUAUAUGCUUAUUCAAUAUUAAGUCUUAUUUUUGUUUAAUUGUUUAAGUUUGAACUAUAUAUGCAUUAUUAUAGUUUCUCCAUGGGCAAUGACCUUAUGGAU